ACAAAAAAUCCUUUCAACUAGUACUGUAGUAAGUUGUAUAUUUGAUUGUCCUUAGCUUCCUGAAAAAACACAGUUUCUCAGUUCUCUCACAAUGAUUUCAGAUGUUUUACACAAGCUUUUAUCCGCCAUCUCCAACCAAUGGACAUGGUGGUGGGAUGUCAUCAACGAGAAAGACGAGCUCGCUCGAGCAGUUCUUACAAUCUCAAUUAUCUUACUACUAUCCAUAUUCUUCUACCUAUGGACAUUUCACAAGUCAAGAAACCAGAUUACAGCUCCAUUGCCACCUGGACCCUGCGGCUUGCCAAUAGUCGGAUACCUCCCCUUUCUAGACACAAACUUGCACCAUCAAUUUGCCGAAUUAGCUGACCAAUACGGCCCAAUCUACAAGCUAUGGCUCGGGAAAAAACUGUGCGUCGUGUUAAACUCACCAUCUCUAGCAAAAGAGGUCGUUCGCGACCAGGGAGACAUUGUGAUAGGCGGAACGGACACUACAGCAACCAUGGUGGAGUGGGUGAUGGCAGAGCUCCUACAUAAACCAGAGGAAAUGAAAAAAGUCCAAGAAGAAUUAGCAGACAUUGUAGGACUGGACAACGGCGUCGAAGGGUACCACAUGCCCAAAUUACACUACUUGGAUGCCAUUUUAAAGGAAACAUUCAGACUACACCCCGCCCUCCCUCUCUUAGUCCCAAAGCGUCCAAACCAAUCGUCCAUAGUCGGUGGAUACACUAUACCAAAGGAUACCCGAGUGGUUUUGAACGUUUGGGCGAUUCAUAGGGAUCCUGAGGGUUGGGAUGAUCCGUCCGAGUUUAAGCCUGAGAGAUUCUUGAGUGAUACUAGUGAAUGGGACUACAAUGGAAACAAUUUUAAGUUUCUUCCGUUUGGAUCAGGGAGGAGAAUUUGUGCUGGAAUUCCACUGGCUGAGAAAAUGGUUAUGUAUAUGUUGGCUUCACUUUUACAUUCAUUCAAUUGGAAAGUGCCGGAGGGUGAAGAGAUUGAUCUUUCUGAGAAGUUUGGGAUUAUUAUGAAGAAAAGCAAACCUCUGAUUGCCAUCCCUACGCAAAGGUUAUCUAGCUUGAAGCUUUAUGCAUAAUGCAGAAAGCAUGCUUCUUCUUUCAUGUGAAUUUGUUUAAUAUACUCUGCUGUUUGGUAAUGCAUAUAUUCGAUAUUGUAAAACACUCGUAUUGUAUCUUAAUAAGUUACUUCCUUUUC